CAGAAAUACAGUUAUUUAUAUCUAUAUAUAUUGUUGGAAGUAUUGAUUUCACCAAAAUGCUCACCUCCAAGCUUUUGAAAAAUAGCUCAAUAUGGAAAUGUAGCACCAUAUGUGGAAGGAGCGUGUCCUCUUCACAAACUGUGGACUCGGCCAAAGCUCAGACUAAAGCAGCUACAUAUGAUGACAGAACUUCAAUCCAGGCUGCUCCAAAGAAACUGGGAAAGCUAGAACCUUUUGUGAAAAACCUUUUUCUGGGGAGAUUUGAUAAAUCAGUACUCGCUUACCCCAUGGCACUGGAUCGAGAGAGACACGAUACCCUUCAUCAAAUGGUUGUCCCAAUAGAAAAAUUCUUUCUUGAAGACCUUGACAGUGCUGCCAUAGACCGGAAUGCAAAAAUUCCCCCCGAAGUGCUGCAGCAGGUCAAAGAUCUUGGUCUUUAUGGGAUGCAGAUCCCCGUUGAGUACGGGGGACUUGGACUGGGAGCAACUGAAUACAGUCGUUUGUGUGAGAUUAUUGCCAAUGAUGGCAGCAUUGGUGUCACAAUCUCUGCACACCAAGCCAUUGGGUUCAAGGGUUUGCUGUUGGAGGGAAGUGAAUACCUGAAGAAGAAGUAUUUGCCUGGCCUAGCUACAGGAGAACUGCUAGCAGCUUUUUGUCUAACAGAAGCAAACAGCGGUUCUGAUGCUGCGUCCAUCCAGACACGAGCCACCCUAGCUGAGGAUGGCAAGACAUGGCUGCUGAACGGCAGCAAGAUGUGGAUAUCAAAUGGCGGGACGGCUGAUGUCAUGACAGUUUUUGCCAGGACUGAGGUUGAUGGCAAGGACAAAAUCACAGCUUUCUUCGUGGAACGCGCCUUUGGGGGCGUGACCAGCGGUGCUCCUGAGGAUAAGAUGGGCAUCAGAGGCUCUAACACAGCCGAGGUUCAUUUCGACAACACUCCCGUACCGGCCGAGAACGUCAUCGGAGAGGUGGGCAAAGGAUUCAAGCUGGCAGUUACUAUCCUCAACUCAGGUCGUUUUGCAAUGGGCUCCACCACUGCUGGCGUCCUGAAACGCGGUCUUGGCAUGACCUUGGAUUACGCCUUCACUCGCAAGCAAUUCGGUCACACCAUCAACGAGUUCGGGCUCAUCAAGCAGAAGUUCGCGUCCGCUGCUGUCAACAUUUAUGCUAUGGAGUCCAUGGCCUACCACGCUGCUGGUCUCAUGGACUCUUAUGAAGAGUAUGACACUGCAGUCGAAGCUGCUAUUGUGAAGGUGUUCAGCAGUAACCAGGGAUGGAUUCUGGGCUCGGAGCUGCUACAAAUCAUGGGCGGUUUAGGCUACAUGAAGAGCUAUCCAUACGAGCGCUACCUCAGGGAUGGUCGGAUCACCCUCAUCUUCGAGGGCACCAACGAGAUUCUGCGCAUGUUCAUAGCUCUCAUGGGGUUGCAACACGCAGCGCCGGAGCUGAAGACGCUCGUUCAGAAGUUGCGGAAUCCCUUCAACAAUCCCGGUUUUGUCAUUAAAACUACACUGCGCCAAAUUCGAGAUAGAAACGACCGUCCAAAGCUGAUACACGACUUGCCUGGCUAUGUGCACCCAAGUCUGAAAGAAAGCGCUACGUCGCUCGAAUACUGCGUCGAGAGAUUCCGUUUUGCUGUCCAGAUCAUACUUUCUAAAUACGGCUUGGACGUCGUGAAGCCACAGCAUCAGAUGGACGUGGUACGCCUAGGCGACAUGGCCAUCGACUUGUAUGCCAUGACCAGCGUCAUUGCCCGCGCCUCCCGUGCAUACUGUGACGGCAUUCAUAACGGCGAACACGAGAUGCUGCUGGCGAGGACGUUCUGCAAAGAGGCGGAGCAGCGUAUCCGGCGCCUCAUGAGCGGCGUGCAGAACAUGGGCGAGACUACUGACCUGGAAUACUCGGCGAUUGCCGACAUGCUUUACUCAAAGGGCGGCUACGCGGCCCAGCACCCGCUUACUGUAGAGGGAUGGUAAGCCAGCACCCGCUUACUGUAGAGGGAUGGUAAGCCACCGUCCGCUUACUGUAGAGGGAUGGUAAGCCACCGUCCGCUUACUGUAGAGGGAUGGUAAGCCACCGCCCGCUUACUGUAGAGGGAUGGUAAGCCACCGCCUGCUUACUGUAGAGGGAUGGUAAGCCAACCUAUAAGUGAUACCAUUUCAACUAAUAGUUCAACAAGGAACUUGAUUCAAAUAAGGAAAAAUUUGAAGCUCGUCCAUCGCCUACCCGUCUUUCGUUGAAACUGGCAAGAAGGAAUUUAGUAACCGAAUUGAUUAUUGAAGCUGUCUUAAUUAUAAUAUCUAUUUAUGGCUUCUAUGACUGCCUCUUGACUAACGUUAACUAAGGCGCUCAUAGGCAGUGAGGGAGAAUGAAUUAUUCUACGUUAUUUCCAUUGCUACAUGAAUUCAAAGGUAACCGUUUGAAAGACUAGUGGUGUACUAACAAACAUUUAUUCAAAAAGAUAAUUACUCUGUUAACUUAGACUGGAAAUUGUUCAAGUUCGAAUUGAGAGGCAUGAGGGGUAUUGAGGGCCCUUUCAUUAGGUGUUGGUUCAUUCACUCAAUGGGUUAAACAUUCGCCCAGCCACUGUCAAAAUAACUUCCCGCUCAUUAUUGAGGUUGUGCGAUGAAAAUGGUUUGUUGGGUUUGUUCUCUCGGCCUCCUUUAUAAAUUUACUUUUUUCUCGUUGAAAUGUACAAGGAUGAAUAAUUUUAUAUUUUAUUUAUGUUUGCGUGUGGGAAGAAACGACGAUUCGUAUUCUUAAGGAACCAAAGCGAAUAUAACGUCAAUGCAAUAUUUUUUAUUACUAGCAUAAAUGUAUAUUUUUA